CCCAUCCCAACCGACUACCCCAUUCAUUGGCUUCCCCCCCCAGUUUAUUUCCCACGACUCAAUCCACUUGUGCGAGGGAUUCCACCAUCCUCUCGCAACCAUGACCGACAUCAUGGCCGAUCAGACCGACCUCGGCCCUCACGCCCCUCCUCAUCUGCCCCCGGCUCCUGCCGAUGACUACGCUUUUCCCGAGCUGCGACUGAAGCAGAAGAUGGAUGACCCCGAGAAAACCCCCUUACUGCUGGUGGCCUGCGGUUCUUUCUCGCCCAUCACUUAUCUGCACCUGCGCAUGUUCGAGAUGGCCGCCGAUUACGUCAAGUUUAGCACAGACUUUGAAAUCGUCGGCGGAUAUCUGUCUCCGGUGUCGGACGCUUACCGCAAGGCGGGGUUGGCGAGCUCAGAGCAUCGAGUAGCGAUGUGCCAGCUGGCCGUGGACCAGACCACCGAUUGGUUGAUGGUUGAUACCUGGGAACCGAUGCAGAAGAAGUACCAGCCCACUGCCGUUGUGCUGGACCACUUUGACCAUGAGAUCAACACGGUGCGCAAAGGUGUGGAUGUUGGAAAUGGCUCUCGCAAGCCGGUGCGCAUUGCCCUGCUGGCCGGGGCCGAUUUGAUCCAUACCAUGUCUACCCCCGGUGUGUGGAGUCAGGAGGAUUUGGAUCACAUUCUUGGAAAAUACGGUUCUUUCAUCGUCGAGCGCAGCGGCACCGAUAUCGACGAAGCACUUGCAGCAUUGCAGCCUUGGAAGAAGAAUAUCUAUGUCAUUCAGCAACUCAUCCAGAAUGACGUCAGCAGCACUAAAAUCCGUCUUUUCUUGAGACGUGAGAUGAGCGUUCGCUAUCUGAUCCCUGUCCCCGUUAUCCACUACAUCGAGAAGAACGGUCUUUACGUCGAUGACAGCGCAACGGCAGGCUCCACGACAGAAAAGGGCAAGGGACGACAGGAAUCGGGUCAAUCAGGCUGAGGCCGUCAAUUCCUUUCGCAUUUUUGACUCCAACGGCUCUUUGAUGAGACAGUAACGAGACCCGAUCCCUUGAAACAGAUUUGCCUAUAGCAGAUGCAAGACUUGAAUGUUUGAUCUCACCAUCUCGGGCAUCAAACCGAUCUGAGUGCAGCUCGUUCUUUUUGGCCGGACAUUACAUAGUGUUCUUACCCAUCUCCCUUGCGACGCAAAGCCGCUCUCAUUCGCCAUCCUUUCUUUUUCCAACCCGCGCAGGAAAUAUACGAUGAAGCAAUGCCCGCAAUGCUUCCAGAAACAUGAAAGCCUGCGUGGAUCAUGGACCACAGACCGAGUGGCGGAAUUUGACAUGGUGUGCACCGAUAGAGAUGAGGUCUCUUAUCUAAGUCUUAGCUGGUUGGUUCUCUUUGACCACUGCCUUUUAUCAAAAUCUGGCUUUCUUGCUUGUGCGCCCAGUGCUCUUUUUUUUUUUUUUUUUUUUUCCUUUUCUUU